GGACGUCGCGUCGCGCGCCGGGCCUGGAGCCGCCGCCGCACUGAGCGCCCCGCCAUGGCCGAGAGCGACUGGGACACGGUGACGGUGCUGCGCAAGAAGGGCCCCACGGCCGCGCAGGCCAAGUCCAAGCAGGCCAUUUUAGCGGCUCAGAGACGAGGAGAAGACGUGGAAACGUCCAAGAAAUGGGCCGCCGGCCAGAACAAGCAGCACUCCAUCACCAAGAACACGGCCAAGCUGGACCGCGAGACCGAGGAGCUGCACCACGACCGGGUCACCCUGGAGGUGGGCAAGGUCAUCCAGCAGGGCCGGCAGAGCAAGGGACUGACGCAGAAGGACCUGGCGACGAAAAUCAACGAGAAGCCGCAGGUGAUCGCGGACUACGAGAGCGGGCGCGCCAUCCCCAACAACCAGGUCCUGGGCAAGAUCGAGAGGGCCAUCGGCCUGAAGCUCCGGGGGAAGGACAUUGGGAAGCCGAUCGAGAAGGGGCCGAGGGCGAAAUGAACACAAAGCCUCGAAAUCAGUGCGUUCCGGCUGAUCUCGCCCGGCUGGCUCCCCCUGGCCGCCCGCGCCAGCCUGGGUUCUUGUGGCCCCGCGGAACGUAGGGCGGAAGCCCCGCCUGGGGACCCCUCACCCGCACCCCUCGUCGAGCCAAGACUAAACCUUGCAAAGCGUUUGCUUCUCGUGGUUCUUUCUCCU